CAGAUUUAAACAAGUAACCAUCAGAUUUUAAGUCUCAGCUUCUUCAGAGGAAAACAUUUUAGACGCUAAAAAUCUACGCAACAUGAAGUUAUUCAUGGCAAUCCUAUUGGUCUGCAGUGCAGCAUGCAGCGCUUCUCCUGUGACUGAAGCCGUGCCUCAGAUUGAAGCUGAAGCGAACACUGAAGCUCUGUCAAGCGCCGAAGCUUUCUCUGAAGCGUACGCUGAAGUCAACCCAGAAAUAUACACUGAAGUUUAUCCCGAAACGGGUAAUGAAGUUUUUACUGAAGUUCCCCUUCCCGAAGCAGAGGACAUUGGGAUUCGUAACAGCCGUCACGUCAAAGGUUUGGUGAUUGGUGGACACCAUGGAUUUGGUCAUGGUAGCUUUGGUCAUGGUGGAUUUGGUCAUGGUGGAUUUGGUCAUGGUGGCUUUGGGUAUGGUGGCUACGGGCACGGUUUCGGACAUGGUUUCGGACAUCACCAUUUUCCAUAUGGAUACCAAGUACACUAUUGAUCGAGAUUAUAGCCUAAAACGUGGGAGUAACCUACGCACUUCUUACCGAAAAUUGUAAAUUAAUUUCCUGAACUUGUUUUCAACGUUAAAACUAAGGUUUUGCAUUUCAUUCGAAAGUUUUCGUCGCCAAGAACCCAUACAUGACGUAGAGGAAAGACUCUUUGUUCAACGAUAAGUCUUGGUAAAGAACUAAAAGUUUAUGUGUCGUACAUACUUUUCAAUUGCACAUUAAACGAUUUUUUUGAAGCUUCUAAUAAAUGAUGAGAAUGAG